AGCGCCGCGGCCGCAGCCUCCGCCCCCCGCACGGUGUGCACGCCCGCGGCCAGGGCGACCCGAGCGCGAGCGGUGCCGAGCUGGUCCCGAGCGAGCCCCGGCGGCCACCGCCUCCCGGGCCGGACGACAGGCCGCCUCCGCGCCCACCCGCGUCCCGCCUCGCCGCGCACGGCCGCCCGCCCGCCUCGCUCCCGACGCGUCGCGGACACCCGGAGCCGGCGCCUGGGGGGCAGCGAUGCGACCCUCCGGGACCGCGGGCGCCGCGCUGCUGGCGCUGCUGGCCGCGCACUUCCAGGCGAGUCCGGCGCUGGAGGAGAAGAAAGUUUGCCAAGGUACAAGUAACCGGCUCACCCAGUUGGGCACUUUUGAAGACCACUUUCUCAGCCUUCAGAGGAUGUUCAAUAACUGUGAGGUGGUCCUUGGGAAUUUGGAAAUCACCUACAUGCAAAGGAAUUACGACCUUUCCUUCUUAAAAACCAUCCAGGAAGUUGCCGGCUAUGUACUCAUUGCCCUCAACACGGUGGAGAAGAUUCCUUUGGAAAACCUGCAGAUCAUCCGAGGCAAUGUGCUCUAUGAAAACACCCAUGCCUUAUCUGUCUUAUCCAACUAUGGCACGAAUAGAACCGGACUGCGGGAACUGCCCAUGAGAAACUUACACGAAAUCCUGCAGGGCGCCGUGCGGUUCAGCAACAACCCUGUCCUCUGCAACGUGGAGACCAUCCAGUGGCGAGAUAUCGUGGACAGCGAUUUCAUAAGCAACAUGUCGUUGGACUUCCAGAAUCACAUGGGCACCUGCCAAAAGUGUGAUCCAGGCUGUCCCAAUGGAAGUUGCUGGGGUCCGGGAAAGGAGAAUUGCCAGAAAUUGACCAAAAUCAUCUGCGCCCAGCAGUGUUCAGGGCGCUGCCGCGGCAGGUCCCCCAGCGACUGCUGCCAUAACCAGUGUGCCGCCGGCUGCACAGGGCCCCGUGAGAGCGACUGCCUGGUCUGCCGCAAGUUCCGGGAUGAAGCCACGUGCAAGGACACCUGCCCGCCUCUCAUGCUCUACAACCCCACCACCUACCAGAUGGACGUCAACCCAGAGGGGAAAUACAGCUUCGGCGCCACCUGCGUGAAGAAAUGCCCCCGUAACUACGUGGUGACAGACCACGGUUCGUGUGUCCGUGCCUGCAGUUCUGACAGCUACGAGGUGGAGGAAGAUGGCGUCCGCAAGUGUAAAAAGUGUGAGGGGCCUUGCCGCAAAGUUUGUAAUGGAAUUGGGAUUGGUGAAUUUAAAGACACACUCUCCAUAAAUGCUACAAAUAUUAAACACUUCAAAAAUUGCACCUCAAUCAGUGGAGAUCUUCAUAUCCUGCCAGUAGCAUUUAGAGGUGACUCCUUCACACGAACUCUACCUCUAGAUCCAAAGGAACUGGAUAUUCUAAAAACUGUAAAGGAAAUAACAGGGUUUUUGCUGAUUCAGGCCUGGCCUGAAAACAGGACUGACCUCCACGCUUUUGAGAACCUAGAAAUCAUACGUGGAAGAACAAAGCAACAUGGUCAGUUUUCUCUUGCGGUUGUCGGCCUGGACAUAUCAUCCUUGGGAUUACGCUCCCUCAAGGAGAUAAGUGAUGGAGAUGUGAUCAUUUCAGGAAACCACAAAUUGUGCUAUGCAAACACAAUACACUGGAAAAAACUGUUUGGGACUUCAAGUCAGAAAACCAAAAUUAUAAACAACAAGGAUGAAAAAAGCUGCAAGGCCAUAGGCCACGUCUGUCAUCCAUUAUGCUCAUCGGAGGGCUGCUGGGGCCCGGAGCCGAAAGACUGUGUGUCCUGCCAAAACGUCACCCGUGGCAAGGAAUGUGUGGAGAAGUGCAAUGUUCUGGAGGGGGAGCCAAGGGAGUUUGUGGAGAAUUCUGAGUGCAUACAGUGCCAUCCGGAAUGCCUGCCCCAGGCCAUGAAUGUCACCUGCACAGGAAGAGGACCAGACAGCUGUGUACAGUGUGCCCACUACAUCGACGGCCCUCACUGCGUCAAGACCUGCCCCGCGGGCAUCAUGGGAGAAAACAACACCCUGGUCUGGAAGUUUGCUGACGCCAAUCGCAUGUGCCACCUGUGCCAUCCAAACUGUACCUACGGCUGUGUCGGACCAGGUCUUGACGGCUGUGCAAUAGAUGGGCCCAAGAUUCCCUCCAUCGCCACGGGGAUUGUCGGCGGCCUCCUCUUGGUGGUGGUGGUGGCCCUGGGCGUGGGCCUCUUUCUGCGCCGGCGCCACAUCGUCCGCAAGCGCACGCUUCGCAGGCUGCUGCAAGAGAGAGAGCUUGUUGAGCCUCUUACACCCAGCGGAGAAGCUCCCAACCAAGCUCUCUUGAGGAUCUUAAAGGAAACAGAAUUCAAAAAGAUCAAGGUGCUGGGUUCUGGAGCAUUUGGCACAGUGUACAAGGGACUCUGGAUCCCAGAAGGUGAGAAGGUUAAAAUCCCCGUCGCCAUCAAGGAGUUGAGAGAAGCCACGUCUCCAAAAGCCAACAAGGAAAUCCUUGAUGAAGCCUACGUGAUGGCCAGUGUGGACAACCCCCAUGUGUGCCGCCUCCUGGGCAUCUGCCUGACGUCCACGGUCCAGCUCAUCACACAGCUCAUGCCUUUCGGCUGCCUCCUGGACUAUGUCCGCGAGCACAAGGACAACAUUGGCUCUCAGUACCUGCUCAACUGGUGUGUGCAGAUCGCAAAGGGCAUGAACUACCUGGAAGACCGGCGCUUGGUGCACCGUGACCUGGCAGCCAGGAAUGUCCUGGUGAAGACGCCACAGCACGUCAAGAUCACCGAUUUUGGGCUGGCCAAGCUGCUGGGCGCCGAGGAGAAAGAAUAUCACGCGGAAGGAGGCAAAGUGCCUAUCAAGUGGAUGGCUUUGGAAUCCAUUUUACACCGAAUUUAUACCCACCAAAGUGACGUCUGGAGCUAUGGAGUCACCGUUUGGGAGUUGAUGACCUUUGGGUCUAAACCUUACGACGGAAUCCCCGCGAGUGAGAUCUCGACCAUCCUGGAGAAAGGAGAGCGCCUCCCGCAGCCGCCCAUAUGCACUAUCGAUGUCUACAUGAUCAUGGUCAAGUGCUGGAUGAUAGACGCAGACAGUCGCCCGAAAUUCCGUGAGUUGAUCCUCGAAUUCUCCAAAAUGGCCCGAGAUCCCCAGCGCUACCUUGUCAUCCAGGGAGAUGAGAGAAUGCACCUGCCAAGCCCUACGGACUCCAAUUUUUACCGCGCCCUGAUGGACGAGGAGGACAUGGAGGAUGUUGUAGACGCUGACGAGUACCUCAUCCCCCAGCAGGGCUUCUUCCACAGCCCCUCCACAUCCCGGACCCCCCUCCUGAGUUCUCUGAGUGCCACCAGCAACAAUUCCACCGUGACUUGCAUCGAUAGAAAUGGGAGCUGCCCCCUCAAGGAAGACAGCUUUUUGCAGCGGUACAGUUCAGACCCCACUGGCACCUUGAUUGAGGACAACAUGGAUGACAGCUUCCUCCCAGCGCCUGAAUACAUAAACCAGUCCGUUCCCAAGAGGCCUGCAGGUUCUGUCCAGAAUCCCGUGUAUCACAAUCAGCCUCUAAAUCCAGCUCCUGGCAGAGACCCUCACUACCAGAAUCCCCACAGCAACGCGGUGAGCAACCCAGAGUAUCUCAACACCCACCCGACCUGUGUCAGCGGUGUGCUUGACAGCCCUGCGCUCUGGGCCCAGAAAGGCAGCCACCAGAUUAGCCUGGACAACCCUGACUACCAGCAGGACUUUUUUCCCAAGGAAGCCAAGUCAAACGGCCUCUUUAAGGGGCCUGCGGCUGAAAAUGCAGACUACCUGAGGGUAGCAGCACCCAGCAGUGAAUUUAUUGGAGCAUGACCACGGAGGACAGCAUUGGCCACAACAGUCCCCGAUGUGUCAGCCCCUGGGUCAAACCACGGCAGCUACUCCAGUGCUGAUAGUCAUGCCCACGUCAACUCUUGGACUCAUGGACUGGGUCCGCCAUAUUUGCUCCGAUGGACCCAUCGUUCUCCCAGGAGGUGCCCCCAACUUGGAUGCACUUUGGGGAAGUCUCUGGGACAUUCCUUUGUUUUCAAACUGUGAGGCCUCCUCAAAAAGGCGUCCAGCAAGAAUACCGUCUCUUUGAGCAGAAGUUCGCCUUGCAGGGAGAUACAUCUGAGGAAGACACCUGUAUAAGGAGUUUUAUUGCUUGGGGGCCCUUGGGGUUUUUCAUUGUCAUUGUUGAUGUUGUUGUUAAUGGGUGUUUCCAUGAGGAAGAAGCUUGCCCGUGACAACUUGCUGCUCUGAGUUGAUCCGGGCCCAACUGUGACCAAGUAGCCAGGGUCGGCGUCUUCCAGCUAACAUUUGAUUCCACUGACUCUGCUCUGUGAUUCUUCCACUGCAAGACAAUUAACAAAACUAGAAGUGCUCUAUGUCCUGAGCAGGACUUACUGGUACUGUAUCAAAUCAUAGCAGGUACGAGAGGAUAAAGCCACUCUGAACCCUUCCUGACUGGAGAAGAAAUGGCGGGGGGAGAACUCUUCUUCGGACUUCUUUUUAUACAAGUUCCUUCACGGUACUUACUCUCCAUUGGUUGUCCAGUGUUUUCUAGUUAGAAGUAUUAGACUUACUUGUUUCUUUUCCAUUCCACUGAAACCCAGUAUGCAUUCCCAGUCAGUAAGAGGAGAUGGUACAUCAAACCAUAUCCAGAUUAGCUCAUAUUUAGACCAGUAGCCUUCAGUCAAGGUGGAACAAUAAUGCAAAAGCUCACACAAGAACAUGGCUCUGAGAUUUGAGUCUCAGAGGAAAUACAUCAAGUCCCUUAGGGGUCAAGGAGUGGGAGUAUAUCAGGACACUGUAGAGGUAAAGCCAUGCCUAAAACAUGUUUAGCCUCCCACCCCCAUGCCCCACUAUCAGAUUAGGCUACUUACAGGAGAUAAUUUUCUUUUUAUGUCACUUUAGAAGAUUUUUGCUCAAAGGGUACUUUUUUCCUCUCUGGUGAGCUGCCCCCAAAGCCCCUCGUCGCUCUUCGGGGAAUGAAGGGACCCAGGCUCUGGGGCCCUAUGCAGGAGCAUACUUCAGCCCUCGCCGCUGGGGGGCGCACUUUAUAGGUGAAAAUAAAGAUGACAUUAUAUAUAGAGGAAUGAAAGUGGUAAAGAUGAAAUCAGAGUUUGAAAUUGCUGACAACGCCUUAACAACAUCUACGGGUAUUUUAGAAAAAAAAAAAGUUCCCCCUUAAGACAAUUACCCUGUUAUUGGAAGACGCAGUGAAUUUAGGACGCGACGUAUUUUUCCAACCUGUGUCCCGGCAGUCUGAUCAGUUCACGGCAGUGCUUCGUGCAUGGUGUUUUAACCACUCUUAGUCAACAUCCAGCUUAUCAAGGGAAGAAUGUUGCAGACAGUAUUUCCGGCCAACAGAUGUGUUCAGCCACACACACACACACACACACACACACACACACAAUUGUCCUUUUGCUGUUAAAUUAUUGACUCUCCAGUCCUGGCCGCACAGCUUUGUUACCAAAAUAUUGAUCUUGUCCCAAUGGUAUUCAAUACUCUGAAGCAAGUAUCCCGGCCCAGCGUAAGCACUCAAGAUAUAAUAAAAAUAAAUAAAACAUAAUCCCUGAUUCCAAGAAAGUCACAAUUUAGCCCAGGUAAUUGACUCAUACAUGCCAACCUUAAAGCAACAUGAUGGAUGCCAGGCAAGAUAGGUCAUCCGAGCACAGAUAGCACAGAGUAGGGGAUAGUGGAUGGAUCCUUCUGGGGGGACCUGGAAGGCUCCUCGGGGACAGAGUGGUGGAGCUGCGCCAAAACAUGACCAGGGUCUUAGCUACAGGGGAAAUGGGAAGUAUGUUCCCAACAGAGGAAAACUUGACCAAGAAAGCAUUGGCCAGAGGAACCACUAAUGACGUGAGGGAAAGGCUGCCAUAGGUCGUGUUUCCAAGCUGUCCCUUUAAGCCUGGGGACUAGCCGGUAGCUUUCCCCAAGUGCCCUACACGUGGGUCCUUCUGGGAAGCUGAAAAUGAUUCGUGAAAAGAUUAAACAUCGUUCUAAGAAUCUAAAAUUCUGUGCCAUUGUCUGUAAACCACUUUUGUUACUUAUUCACCUCAGAACAUAAAUAUUUUGGUCAGAAGUUUGUUCAGCCCCAGGGAAUGGAAUGAUGCGCAUUUUGUUACCACUUACUCGUCUAGAAGCGAGUGACUGAUGAGAGGAGCAACUGAAUGUGUCAGUCCGACGGCAGCAGUUAAAUCCUAGUAUUUUUGUAAUUUGCAAUAUUUUACUAUAACAUAAUAAAACAGCAAAAACUAUUCAA